UUCGUUCACCAAUGACUAAAAUCGCGAUACUCCCAUCCGUCCCACUCUACAAAAAAGAAAGGAUAAUGAACGCAAGGUAUAAAAAGGGCUGUCACGAAGAGUUUCAAAAGUCACAUGGAGGCAUAUUCAAUCGCGGUUUUGGAAGUCUGCAUUUUUUGAGAAACCAUCGCACGCCUAAAUCAGGUAAAAUCCAGACUUAGAAAUGGAUCGUGCUGCAUCACAGGGGGACGAGAACAGACUAGCAUUGAAAAUAAAAAAACAAUGUAGCGAUAUGAAAAAUGUCAAUGGCAUGACUGUGUACAAGUUGCCGUUGAAAACAAUGUCAAAGUUCUCGGGAGCUUCCCCCAUCGUCCAGCGGUUCUCCUUCGGUGAGCCCAAUCGUUCAGGAAACAUGACAUGUAAAACCAUUCUUCUGAUGGGUGCCACGGGUUCUGGAAAGUCCACCAUGAUCAACGCCAUGAUCAAUUACGUACUGGGUGUUCAAUGGAAAGAUCCUUUUCGUUUUAUACUCGUCGAUGAAAAAGAAACAUCUCAAGCUUUCAGUCAGACAAGAGAAGUUACGGCGUACGACAUCCAUUAUACAAAUGGUUUCCGAAUUCCUCAUUCGCUGACGAUUGUCGACACUCCUGGAUUCGGCGAUACGGGAGGUAUCGGACGCGAUCAAGAAAUCACUGCAGCCGUCAAACAAUUUUUUGAAGACAAAGAUGGCAUUCAAGAACUGGACGCAGUUGGCUUUACUGUGCAGUCUUCUCAAGUUCGACUCACGGACACUCAACAAUACAUUUUUAGCUCAGUGUUGUCCAUUUUUGGCAAAGAUAUCAAAGAAAACGUCCGUUUCCUGGUCACUUUCUCUGAUGGAGGGCAACCUCCUGUCUUAGCGGCCAUUAAGGAGGCUAAACUACCUUGUCUACUGAACUCCAACGGGGAGCCGUGUCACCAGAGUUUUAAUAACCGUGCAAUAUACGUCUCGAAUCAGACGCCAGGUGAUCGUUACGCUCCAAUCGACUGGGAAUGCGCAAUGGAAAAUUUUCAAUCAUUUUUUGCUGACCUGUCCAAAAUGCCGAUCAAAUCGCUGCAACUCACCAAGGAGGUUAUGAUCAGCCGGGAAAUUCUGCAUAACACUAUUGCCAGUUUAGAGACGACCAUUCAAGCGCACCUGAUGAAGAUGGAAGAACUGCGGAAGAUUGAGGAAACCAUCGCCCUGCACAAAAAUCAUAUUGACGCCAAUAAGAACUUUGAGAUGACGGUGACUGUACCUAAGAAGAAAAAAGUUGACGUCGACGACCACCUAACGGCCAUGAACUGUAGGAUAUGUGAAGUAACUUGCCAAUUUCCUUACAAUCCGAAAACGUGGGCGAAUGUUGUGAAUUCGUUGGUUAGGAAUGAUAUUAAAUCUGCUAUUACGAGCGCAGUAGGGGCUGUGCUAGAUUUUUUUUCAUCGGAAACAUCGUGCAAGUUCUGCCCUGGAAGGUGCCACCACGAAUCUCAUUCAGAGGAAAGUGCUACCUGGAAAUAUGUCCAAGUAGAAGAAACUCGCACUCUCUAUGAAAUUCGUAAAAAAUACGACGACGCAAAGGAAAAGACGCUAAAUGCUGAAGAACUGAAGGACGCCUUAGAAGGCGAGGUAGAGCAGCUGAAAUCGGACGUCAUUAAGGCAAUGAAUAAGAUCAUUCAGUGUUCAAAUGAAUUAAACAAGAAAGCACUGAAAACUGAUCCGUUGACCACUCCCGAAUAUAUUAAGCUUUUGAUUGAAAAUGAACAAAGGGAAAAGAAACCCGGAUACUUGGAGAGAAUCAAGAGUUUGAAGGACCUAUUGGCGAAGGCUAAACUUAUGAAGGAUGUGCUUGGCGGUAACUUGGCCAAGCAGUUCAAGAAGAUCUAGACGCAUCGAAAGAAAUGCUGAAACAAACAAAAUUUCUUUUUAUUGUUUAACAUUUUCUACGGGUUUUCGGGUGAGCAAAAGGGAAUUUUUCUUUAGUGUACUUCAUAAUCUUCAAAAGUUUCAUUUCAGUCUUUUUUAUAAGUUAGUUGAUAUUGAUAUAUUGA